UUUGUUUUUUGAAUAGAUUAAUUGGACACCAUACACGCCCGACAUUAUGGCAUCGCUUCCUGUUAGAUGUCAGAGUGGUCAAGCGGUUUGGACUUACGUGGGUCCAUUGAUUUGUUUCCAUCUGGUCGAGAAACAUCAACCAGAUCGUGUAUUGCGACAGUUUAAUAUGUUGCAAACGCCACCAGCGAUUAGCUACACAGAUCAAAGGUUGCAUCAAAUAGAUUUAAGGGGUAAACAUGAUCAAGAUUGGCGUCGGAUUCAUGCGGAACAUAUCGGAGUGUGGAAUUCGCGAUAUGAUUUUCGGGUUGAAGCACCCACUACAAGCGAACCGACGGUAUCAGAGAACUAUUUUGUUUGGUAUAGGUCGAUUACCAGACGCUUUAUCACCCAAGAGGGCGCUUUCUAUCAUUGCAUGUAUGAUUUUGUUGACGAAGUACAAACUUUCUCCGUGGAACACGAUAUAGAAGCUUUAGGGCAAAUAUGUGAUAGAACCACAGAGCGCGUAGAUCACAUUAUUCAACAGACUCGACGACUUACUGUUGCUGACACAGAUCGUAGACGCAUGCGACGUAGACGACGACGGCAAGGCGAUGAUGUCGUAGAGGGUGAUGAGGAUAAUUAAAAGUUUGUAAAUUAAUUUUGAAUUCUUGUUAAUUUCAAUUAAAAAUGUAUAAGACAUUGUUAA